ACUUCAGCAAACCUGAAACUGACUAAUAAUCUGACAUCAAAACAACUAACUCACCGUCAGCAUAAUAUAUAAAUAUGUACUCGCAGCUGGGCCGAAAGACAAGUCUGUCGCGGCGUUGCGUAGAAGCAAGACCAAACUAUAUUAUGUAUAAUGAAAUAUAUUAAGUGAAAUAUUAGUGAGUGCUCCCCAUAGAGAGACAAUGAGAACCCGGCGAAAGUCAACCCAGUUCAGAUCAAUGCGAUAUCCCAUUGCUUCCGGUAAGUUUCAAGUAGAACAUCUCAGAAGAUGGACUGGGAUAAACGCGAGCCGAAACUCGAGAUGUUUACAGUGAGAACUAUAAAAGAACCCAAAACCAUGUCAACCGCUUAGCUGAGCAUUAAAACUAAACAAAUCAACUUAAUGUACAGUGUCUAAUUAUUUCUGCGUAAUUAAAGCAGUUAGAAUUAAUUAUAAACAAGAGCUAGGGCGGCGAGCUUUAUGACUCUUUACGGUCGCAACUAUAAAAGCGUCAAGCUUCGGUGAGAAGAGCCUCAGUUUCUUCUCAGACAUCAGUUUUAGCAUUUUAAUUCAAGUUCAGCUUGGAAUAUGCCAGUCAACUUUGUUGUGUUGUACAACUGUCUGGUACGAGGCCUGAUUGUGCCGCCCAUGGGAUAUUCUUACGAACCGGGAUUUAGUCAAGGCGCGGAGCUAGCUGCAGUAGAAAAUCCAUCAUCUAUUCAACUGUUUUCCUGUCUGUAUGGCGUUCGUGAAUUACCUGGCGCAUUAAACGUCGAUGCAGAUCGCCGAGUUUCUUUUCUCACCCUGGAUGACCCUCAUGAAAACUUGCUCGAAGUCAAUAAUCAACUGGGCGCCGUAUAUCCGAACAGUUUGGAAGUACCCAACUCUUCGACGGAUGCCGAACUUCUCUCGGUAUAUCAGUACAGCACCCCAGCAACACCUACUCAGCCUCCUCCAAACCGCCAUAAAAGGGGAAAAACGCAACUGCCACAUUAUUAAAUGCCCCAAGUUUUCGGAAUCCGUAUACGGCAGCGACGGCGGCACCUGCUACGAGUUCCCCAAUCAGUGCUUCAUGGCCGUUGCCAGCUGCAAGCGCCACAAUAAUCGACUGCCUCGUCUCAAGGAAGUUACUAAGAAGCACUGCGAAAAACAUCUGAAACGAGUUGUUAUCUAAGACGAAGAUUUUUAAGGUGGUUAAGUCUAAUUUAUAUUCUAAACUAUAAUUUGUAACCACUAGUUAAAUAGAUUUAUUUCAGAGUAGUUCAUGGAAAAAUCGAAGUACAUUAGCAAAAAUUCUUAAAGUUUGAUUGUCAGUCAUAAGCAUGAACAUGGUCAUCUCUCUUUAUAAGUUCCUAAAAACUAGAAAUAUUAAACAAUUGUUUUCUAAUAAGUUUAACGCUCCUAGGUCAGACCCUUCAUAUUAUACUUAUAGAAACAUAUCCAAGAGCUAUGAGCUCUUCUUCUUGAAAGCAAAUUGUGUAAUCAGAACAAAUGAGUAACUUCGGUAAGAAUAUUAUCCAAAAGAGAGAUCGAAUCGUAGAAUUAGAAAUUAAUUACAUAGAUAAUUAAUUGUUUUGGAAAACAUAAUGGAGACUAGGUCUUCAAGAAUUAGAACAAUUCUCUUAAGAGCACAACAAAUUGAAAGCUUUAUCUUAAGAGUUCAGCAAAUUGAAAGCUUUCAAUGACAAUAUAACACGAUAUUUUAAUUUGUUAAUAUAUAUAAUAAUGUUUAUUGAGGCCAUACAAGGCACUCCAGUAAACCCUUUGUGAGCUUACUGUCUACUUAUUCUGCCCAUUUGGGCGCGCCAACAUGAUUUUUAAUUUAAAGCAAACACAACACCCUCUCUAAACCCUCCCGUAAGCUCGCUAUCUAUCAAAGUUUCCAUAUGAAAAUAUAAAUUGAAUAGAAUUAAUGAAUCUAUUGGCCUGAAUGAAAAAUAUUGCAUUUACUAGAACUAACAGUUUGUGUUCAGUUCAAUAUAAACUUUCUAAAUUUUAAUAUCAUAUGAAAAUUAAAUUUAAUUACGCACACA